AUGAACGUUAGGGAGACUGCGCAGUCGACAGCCACAGAUCUCGGGUGCUCUUUCGAAGGAUUCCUCCUCUCUCACUAUGAAGAGAUCUACCAUGAGAGGAGGCUGCCCUGCGUGGUAUGCAAGAAGAUGGCACCGUCGUCGUACGUCUACGAUGGACAGAGCAUCGACUGCCAUGGCAAGUGCCUCGCAUUUGUCCUCUUCUACUACUUCAUGCAUUUCUACGAUGUCGCUGCUCCGGCGCAAUCGCGGGAAGCGGGCGAAAUGCCAAACCUUACGAAGCUGUACAAGAUGCCGUUCCAACUGCUCAACGCCACCGAGUACAAAAGGCACUGCGUCUUCUGUGGAGCGAGGAGCGCGUUCUUCAAGUGCUCUUCGGAGAACUGCCUGAACCACUACCACCUCAGUUGCAACACCAACGCAACCAUCGUCGUGCACCACGGCAAAACGGACUCCAAGAAGCCCUGCUACCGGUUCCUCUUCUGCCAAGUACACAUGAACAGCUACGAGGUGGACCUCGUGAACUGCAGGUUCAAUUCAAAGAUAUCGCUGCUGGAGGAGUACGAACUCCUGAAGAAGGGAACUGUGCCCAUUAAGGACCCGACACCAGCCGAACCGCCGACGCCAAUCCCGUCCCCAGUCUCCACCAGCGUGACGACGCGGGGCGCGACGAAAGUGCAGUCUCACCUCAAGUUAGAGAGGGUGGAAAAGAAGCAGGCGGUCGUCAAAGGGGCCGUUGUGACCCGCAGGAUGGAUGAAUCUAAGAUGCCCAGAACGUCGUCCCACGAAGCGAGAACGGACACUACUAAUAUUAACGUAACGCAGUCUCAAGAAAAGUUUGGUCAUUCAAAGGACUAUAUUGCAUGCUUGCUUAACGAGUACGGCGUGUUGAAGCGCCACGGGUACCAAAAGAACACGAAGAAGUUCGACUGGUGGCCUUAUGAAGUCCUCUUCAGCAAAAUAGGCCCCGAUCUCUUCAGCAACAUCGCACCACUCAACAGCGGCCUUGUUGAGCUGUACAAGGACCUGCGAAGCGUCCUCGUGUUUAACAAAUGCGUCGAAUCGGUGAUGGACUUGAGGAAAGUGGCGCUCGAGUGCGAGCCUUGCGUGAUGAACAUCACGGGUUCCAUCGCAUCGCAGCUAAAACUAGACGCGAAUCCCGCAUCGCUGCAAGGUAGCCCAACUUCAAGGUCGCUUCCGGCGCCGACACACGUGCCGUAUGAUGUGAACGUGGAGAGUAUGCAGCAGGUGCUGUAUGGUCAGAACGCCCACCUCGCCCCCGGAAUGAACCUUAAUAUAUCGCAGAACAAUGAAGAGUCCCCUUUGCAACUGGGAUUUUGCCAGCUUGUAGGGCACAAGACCCACAGGCCAACGUUCGUUUUGGCGAAAUUCGGAAGCCAAUCGGUGUGGCUGUCGGCAGCCCACGUCAAAUCGAGACGGGACGGGACAACGAAGUUGGUUUUACUGGAUUACAUCCACACGGGAUCGCUAGAGUACGAGUACUUGAGAAGAGUCUUGAAGUCGAUAUAUUGCCCACAAUCGCAUUUAAUGGCCAUACCCGUGCUGAUGCCCCCAGAAGUUGACGAGGCUGGCGAAACAUACCCCGAAGUGGAAACCAUCAACUUGAGUGGGUUCUGCUGGGACCUCAAGCCGUCGGUGACUGCAUACUUGAAAAACAGGCUCGUAACGUCGGACGCCCCCGUUGAGGAGGGCGGAACCGCCCAUGACGAGGCACUCAUGGAGAUUAUAGACACCAAGGAGAUUGAAGACAAUGCCCUGUUCAGUGAUCCCGUAUCCUCGAAACAGCGGUGCUUCGUCACUAAUCAGGCGAAUGCGCUCGUGGGAGUGUUGAAGGCGGUGAACAAGGCAAUAGACGAGCACAAGUCAAAGCUGCACCAGAGUCUGAUGGUUGAACACGCGUACAGCAAAAGGUUACACGAGGACAAGUCGCUGGUGGAACAGUACACGAAAGUAGCGACGCGUAUGAACAGGUGGUCCCACUUCAGGCGCUCGAUAAUGCAGGCUGUCGAGACAUUCAACAACUUCCUGCUCCACGAGUCCAGGGCGGAUGACCAGCAGAACAAAAACGAGAAAGUGAAGGCGGAGACGGUAAAGGAUACCACGGACAAGGAGUUUUGCUCGGUGUGUCUAAUGGCGGAACCCGCGCAAAAGCAGAUGAUGCAUCAAUGCAGCCGCUGUUUCAUACGCGUGCACUUCAAGUGUUAUGUGUCGUACAAGCCGACCACCGUAGAGCCCGUCCACGGCACCGUGAAGUCGGAGGAGACCGUGCACGACUGGUUUUGCGACCCGUGCGAGUACGAGGUGCUCAUGAACGCCAACAGCAGGGCUGCGACGUGCAACAAUGCCGUAUGCUGCGUUUGCUACAGCAGCGGUGGUGCACUGAAGCGCGUUUCGGAGCAUGCGGCGAAGCGCAACGCUCCCAGCAUGCCUGUCAAGUGGGUACACCUCCACUGCGCAGCGCUGCUGAUGCCAAAAGUCACGUGUCACGAUUGGGUGGACCUGAACAAAUGGGACCUCAGAAAUUCAAACGCCUCGACGACGGAGAAGUGCUCGAUUUGUACAGUCAGCGGAGGCAUCAUGCUGCAUUGCGCCAGGCCAGGCUGCAACAACAAAUUCCAUACCACGUGCGCGUGGGUUGGUGGGGGUUACGUCGUGGAGUCGCCACUACACAAUGCAACAGACCUGCCCGGAAUGGUCAGGAACACCUUGACCUUCAACGAACUCUUCCCUGCCCUCUCACUUCGGAUGUUGUGCGCGGAGCACACGGCUGAGCGUUUCGGUGAUAGGGCUGUGACAGCAUUGAUGAGGAGACGGUGCUACGCCUACACGCACUACCAGUACUCUCCACAGAACACCAAUAACGACAUGAAGAACGCGAUCCUGCCUCUGAAGCCGUGCCCCAGCCACAUCAUCGUCACCAGAAACGGUGCCAUGCACUCGACUCCCAUGGAGAGCAUCCGCCCCAAGGAGGAGGUGCUGGCGCCAGAGCCCACGACGUUCGAGAUGGUCACUAAGCAGAGAAAGUUGCCCAUGGCCCACUCAGUACACGAUGUGAUGCCCACUACGGCCUCGCACGGGGUUGUAAUGAACUCCCACCACCCAGGGAUGAUGAUGGUCAGCACCACCCCCAGUGUUAUGAUGAAUUACCCGCACGGGAUGAUGGUUAACACCGCGCCGAGCAUGAUAGUCAACGGCGGGCAGCACAUGCUCGUGAAUGGCGGCCAGCACAUGGUCGUCAACACGGGGCACCAUAUGAUGAUGGGCGGCGGUCACCCGAUGAUGAUGAACCCGCACCACCCGAGCAUGAUGAACACCCAACACACGAUGAUGCCAACCGGUAUGAGGAAGCCCACGAUGGCGCCGCUCGUUUACGGUACCCACAACGCGUACAUGAACGAACAGCCGCGAUACGGGGUAAGCGCCAUCGCCUCGCACCUAUCGGGGGGCGGCUACAAGCAGCCCAUGUCCCACACCAACGUGAACCACAUGGAGGUGCCGAUGCAACACGUCAUGAUGCCAUACGUCGCGCCCGUGACCGCCGUACCCAUAAAUGGCGGGAUGUUGCCAGUCGCCCAGCACCCGCAGUACCAUCAUAACGGAUAUCAGCAGCCUGUGCAAAUGGUUCCCAAGUACUGGAACCCGCGGCUAAACCAAAUGCAGUACAAGGAGCAGCAACCGCCGCCCGACAACCCGUAUGUGGGCGUCGGAGGCAUGGGAUACAUGGAGCAGUGA